GAAAGACAGGGAGAGUGUGAACACAUCCAUUCAAUCCAAGAAUGAUAAAUCUGAAUGUGUCUCGGUGACGAGAGGCUGUGAGAUGUGCAGGUGGGAGGAGGUAUUUGGGUACUGGGAUAAAUUUAAUAAAAUCCUGUCCACAGGUAGAGAAAGGAAUCAAGAAAGCUAAUGGAAUAUUGGCUGUUAUCUCAGAAACUCAAAGUAAGAAAAUGAGGCUUUGGCUGUGCAGGAUCCUAUCUGCAGCAUUACCUUCACUUUUGGGCGUGUAUUUUACGAAGAAUAUUAUUGACUUUGGAGGAGGAUGAAACAGGAUCACCAGAAUGAUACAAGGGCUUAAAGAGACAUCAUUACAGAAACAUGCUGGUUGGAAGUGACGAGGCAAAAACCUAAUUCCAAACAUGAAUUUGGAGGCGAAGAGUGGAUCGUCAUCGACCUCUGCUGAUACAGGACAGGGAGAGCCGGAGCAGAAAAAGUCUCUACCACCUGUUGUGUUGGCCAAGAUUGAGCGGAACCGACAGAGAGCACUGAUCCUGCGGCAGGCCAGGCUAGCCAGCAGACCCUACCCUUCCGCUGAUUCAGGUGGCACUGUUGCAAAGCUUGCACCCAAAGUAAUAGAUACAGGAGGAGGAUUCUUUCUAGAGGAGGAGGAGGAAGAGCUUCCUGAAGUGAAUAAAGUUGUACAUCAACCAGGACCUGUCUUGGAAUUUGAUUAUUUAUUGUGUGAAGAAUGUGGCAAAGAAUUCAUGGACUCCUUUCUCAGCAGUCACUUCGAUUUACCUGUCUGUGAUAAUUGCAGAGAUAAUGAAGAGAAACACAAACUAAUUACCCGAACAGAUGCAAAGCAGGAAUUUCUGCUUAAAGACUGUGACUUGGACAAGCGAACCCCUAUACUCAAGUACAUACUGAAGAAAAAUCCACAUAAUACCAACUGGGGCAACAUGAAACUUUAUGUGAGGCUGCAGGUAAGUAAAACAUUACAAGGUGUAAAGCUUUGUGAGAAAAUGAGUCAGUGCCAAUUACUAGCGGUGCAUUCAUGCAAAUAUAUUGAAGGAAUAGUGAUAUAUAUCCAG